AUGGAAGGAGGGAUACGUGAGAGAGAGGGUGAGAGGGGAUGGGAAAUCGAGGGUAGGCAGAGCCCUCUCGGGGUUGGUUGGUGCGUUUGGCUGGAUUGUUGUUGGUCGGCCUGUUGGAAGGGUGAGGGUCGCUCCCUCUCUCUUCUUCUGGUGGGCCGCGGGGCUCGCACACUGGACGGGCUAAGGAUCGAAGGAGAUUCUCCCUUCCGAUGGGCGUGCCCCGGGCCCCCCGAUGGAUGGAUUCUAGGGGUCGCGGAGCCGAAAUGCGAGGCCAAAUCGGAUCAUCCGGGUCAUCCGGGUGGAGAACCGGAUCGUCCGGGUCAUCCGGGUGGGGAACCGGAUCGUCCGGGUCAUCCGGGUGGGGAACCGGAUCGACCGGACCAUCCGGAUGGGAAACCGGGUCAUCCGGGUCGGGAACCGGACCAACCGGAUCAUCCGGGUGGGGAACCGGGUCGACCGGACCAUCCGGAUGGGGAACCGGAUCAUCCGGGUCAUCCGGGUCGGGAACCGGAUCGACCGGACCAUCCGGAUGGGGAACCGGAUCAUCCGGGUCAUCCGGGUCGGGAACCGGAUCGACCGGACCAUCCGGGUGGGGAACCGGACUCAACCGUACCAUCCCCGUGGGGGACCGGACCCAACCGGACCAUCCGGGUGGGGUGCCGGGUCGGGAACCGGACCGACCGGACCAUCCGGGUGGGGAGCCGGAUCAACCGGGUCAUCCGGGUGGGGAACCGGAUCGACCGGGUCAUCCGGGUGGGGAACCGGAUCGACCGGGUGGGGAACCGGACCAACCGGACCGACCGGACCAUCCGGGUGGGGUACCGGGUCAGGAACCGGACUGGGAACCGGAUCAUCCGGGUCAUCCGGAUGGGGAACCGGAUCAUCCGGGUCAUCCGGGUGGAGAACCGGAUCAACCGGACCAUCCGGACGGGGUACCGGGUGGGGAACCGGACCAACCGGACAGGGAACCGGACGGGAAGCCGGAUCAUCCGGGUCAUCCGCAUGGGGAAUUGGAUCGACCGGGUGAUCCGGGUGGGGAACCGGAUCAGCCGGGCAAGCCCGAUGGGGAACCGGGUGGGGAAACGGACCAGCCGGGUAGGGUACCGGGCGGGGAACCGGACCAUCCGGGUCAUCCGGGUGGGGAUCCGGAUCGACCGGGUCAUCCGGGUGGGGAACCGGACCAACCGGACCAUCCGGGUGGGGAACCGGGUCGGGAACCGGAUCAACCCGACCAUCCGGUUGGGGAACCGGACCAAUCGGACCGUGCGGGUGGGGAGCCGAAUCGACCGGAUGGGAAAUCGGACCAACCGGGUGGGGAACCCGGUGCGGUUCCGGGUCGGGAGCCGGGUCAACCAUCCGGACGGGGAACCGGAUCAUCCGGGUGGUCCGGGUGGGGAAGCGGACCAACCGGACCAACCGGGUGCGGUACCGGGUGGGAAACCGGACCAAACGGGUAGUGAUCCGGACGGGGAACCGGAUCAUCCGGGUCGGGAACCGGAUCAACCGGGUCUAGGGUGGGGAACCGGACCAUCCGGGUGGGGAACCGGGUGGGGUACCGGGUCGGGGAACCGGAUCAACCGGACCAUCCGGACGGGGAACCGGAUCAUCCGGGUGGUCCGGGUGGGGUGCCAAAUCGACCGUGCGGGGAGUCGGACCAACCGGACCAUCCGGGUGGGGAACCGGGUGGGGUACCGGGUCGGGAACCGGAUCAACCGGACCAUCCGGACGGGGAACCGGAUCAUCCGGGAAGGGAACCGGAUCGACCGGGUCUAG